GAAAACAAACCCUCGCACAUUUACGUACCUAAUAUGAACGCGUCGAUGGAAGGUUCAAUCUCAACCUGCAAGAAACAUCGUCGUUGAUUUCGAAUCAACUGCAGGCUAGAUUACAUAUAUAUACAUGUUAUUCAGUAGUAACACCUUCAUCGAACUCAAUUCUAUUUCUUCAAUCCCAGAUUUCCCUUCACAGUUCACAAAAAUUCUUAAUCAGGUUUUCAACAUUUUUGUGUAAUUAUCGAUGGCUGUAGUAUUCCAGAAUGCAUUACAGUUUGUAUUGGGUGAAUUACAGAAAGCAGUAGAUGUUAUUGGGCAGAUUGUACAAGCUGCCAGAUUUAAACGCCUUCUCAAACGCCUUGAAAAUACCCUUAAAAGCAUCGAGCUGGUAUUUUAUGAAAGCUGGAGAUUAAGCAAGGUGUUGGAUCGCUCUGAGAAAGAGACGAUAAAGUUCAUCUCUUAUCUGAGGAAUGCCACAGAGAUUGUUCUCAAGUGCUCGAGCAUCAAGUAUCGGACCAUGAACAAAAAAAUUCUUCAUUCAAGUAAGCUGAUUCGAUUGAACAACGAGCUCUUGAGGUUCUUCCAGAUUGAUGUGCAGGAGAAAACGAUGAACACUAAUAUGACGUAUUCAAUCGCGAUUUCCGGAUUGGAAGACAAUUCAUCAGUUGUUGCAUUUUCUGCAGAUGGAUAUUCGAGUACGUGCAGUGUUUAUGCUGGCCAACUACUCAAUCUUCCAUUGACAGAUUCUUUCGCUAACCUAACAAGUAUCAGAUUCGAACAUGUUUCGUUUUCUUCCUCUAUUCAACCACUCUUCAUAUUGCCAUUUCUUCAAAAACUUUCCUUUGUUAUGUGUGAGAUAGGUGAUGCUUUUAAGAACAGUGUCACAGAUCAGUCUCCUUAUAUUCCAUCAAAUCUCAUUGAUCUGGAAUUUGAUUGUUGUUAUGAUCUGAGGGAACUACCUUCAGGAGUAUGUAAUCUUGUUCAUCUCCAGAAUCUCAGCAUCACCAAUUGCCAUGAGCUGGAUGCUCUUCCUAAAAAUUUGGGUAAUCUUUCCAAUCUUCAGAUCCUGAACUUCCAUUGUUGCACAAAACUACAAGAAUUACCAGAAUCAAUUGGACGUCUUCAUAAUCUGAGCUUCCUUGAUCUAUCUGAUUGUUUGAGUAUAAGUCUAUUACCAGAUGAAAUUGGGGAACUAUGCAGCCUGAGAGUGGUUAAGAUGAGCGGUGUCCAUGGGUUACCGGAGUUGCCGGAGUCCAUGAGCAAAUUGUUGCAGUUGGAAGAAGUGAUAUGUGAUGAAGAGACGUCGUAUUUGUGGAUGGAUUAUGAAAGUGAUCUGAAUAAUUUGACGAUAAACGUUGUUGAAGAUGACAGGUUUGAAAGCUUUAUGAAAAUUGUUGAGUAAGUUGUAGGACUCUUGAUCCUUCAUAGUUCAUAGUUAUUCAAAGUGUAAAUUGUGGGAUUAUUCUUUAAUUAAAUAUCUUGAAGAGUCAGAAUUUUUAUUCUCAUGUGUUUUCAUAUUAUAAAAGCACUGUAUAUUGUAAAUUUCCAAACUAAAUAAAGAAUCUAUAUAUACAUCCGAUCAAAGAUA